ACAGUUCGCAUUAGGGCCAUCUCCCUUUCCUUUAUUCAAUUUUGUGAGAUUGUCUUAUAUUGUGAUACACAAGUUUGAUUCUUUUUUAGGUAUAGGCCUACAAUUAUUUGGUUUGCAUAUAUUCAUAGCUUCACGACACGUCGUUUUUUCCCGAACGACGAAACAUAAAGGCAUAAACUUUGGGUUUGGGCGAAAGGGUUUUAGCCAGAAAUGGAGAACAGCAGCUUGGAGCAGGUUCUGCAAGAUGCCAAGCUCCACAGACAAAUCAAUUCGCUCAUCGUCGCUCAUCUUCGCGACAACAAUCUCUAUCAGGCUGCUAGUGUCGUUGCUUCCGCAACAAUGACAUCAUUGAAUGAUGAAGCCCCGCCUAAUAAGCUCCUUGAACUGGUUGCCAAGGGCCUUGCAGUGGAGAAAGAUGAGAUGUUGAGAGGGGUUCCGUCAUCUGCAUUUGAUUUGGGUACAUCAAUACCUUCUGGAUAUGGUUCAAUCCCAGCUCCUCGCACUGCUGCUGUUGAUUUUGGUGCAGUGCAGGAAACAAAAGGCUCAUCAAAGAGCUUCCCAAAGCAUGAGACACGCCAUCUUUCAGAGCACAAGAAUAUUGCCAGAUGUGCAAGGUUUAGUCCUGAUGGGAAGUUUGUUGCUACUGGAAGUUCUGACACAUCAAUAAAGCUUUUUGAGGUUGCAAAAAUUAAGCAAAUGAUGCUUCCAGAUGCAAGAGAUGCAAGAGAUGGUCCUGUUAGACCUGUCAUUCGCACAUUCUAUGACCACUUACAACCUAUAAAUGACUUGGAUUUCCAUCCUCAGAACACUGUUCUUAUAUCGGGGUCAAAAGAUAACACCAUAAACAAAACAUGUCUUCAUGCCCCUCUUAUUCUGCCCUUUUUAGUUCUUUGCUGUUUUUUUUCCUCCUCACCUUCGAACAUUACCAGCAUUAGUUGUAAAACAAAACAGGAGUUCACUUCAAACUCUUAUGAUACACACAAUGUGCGUUCAGUAUCUUUUCAUCCUUCUGGAGAUUUUCUUCUAGCUGGGACUGAUCAUCCAAUUCCACACUUGUAUGAUAUCAAUACCUUCCAGUGCUACCUGUCUGCAAAUGCCCCAGAAAUCAAUGAUAACGGAGCCAUAAAUCAGGUCAGGUAUUCUGCUACAGGUGGCAUGUAUGUUACAGCUUCUAAAGAUGGUACCAUUCGUUUAUGGGAUGGUGUAACUGCCAAUUGCGUACGCUCAAUAGCUGGUGCACAUGGCACGGCGGAGGCAACCAGUGCAAACUUUACUAAGGAUCAAAGGUUUGUUCUCUCUUCUGGAAAGGAUUCUACUGUAAAGCUUUGGGAAGUCGGCACUGGAAAAUUGGUUAAACAAUAUCUAGGAGCUACACAUACUCAAUUGCGGUGUCAGGCUGUUUUUAACGAUACCGAAGAAUUUGUACUCUCCAUCGAUGAACCGACCAAUGAGAUUGUUAUAUGGGAUGCUCUGACAGCAGAGAAAGUAGCAAAAUGGCCUUCCAAUCAUAUUGGUGCUUUCCGUUGGCUUGAGCACUCACCAACAGAGGCAGCAUAUGUUACCUGUGGGACUGACAGAUCAAUCCGGUUCUGGAAGGAAAGUCUGUAAAAGCCUAUAGAAAUCGGCUGGUGGCUUUCUUGAUGUGAAGAAAUGUAGAUUGAUCAUUUGAUUUAGGAUUUACUCAUGUCUCGUAGAACUAGAUAAAUGAAUAGAGUGUAACCUACAAAUGACCCCCAACUUAAAACGGUUCCAGUUUGGUCAGAUAAAGUGUUAUUUUGUUUUCUUUUCCUUUUUAGUCAUCAAGUCUUUCUGAUUUAAA